CACACACACCUUCUUCCCUCCUGUUGUGUAAGGGGCAAGAAAAAGAGUCAUACACUGUGAGUGUUCCGUCAGUCACACACACACACACACAGGUGCUCAGGAUACUGAGGUUCACUGAGAGACAGAGAGGAGACGAGACAGAGGACAGCAACUGGUUGCUCUCAGACACUCAAGCUUCCAGGGAGGGCACGGACAGCCUUCCAUAUGUGUGGCUCCUCUAAAGGCUUCACAGCCUCCUCCUCGUCUCAGUGUGCCACAGCCAUGUUAACCACAGAGAGGUCACCGCAAAGCACAGGAGUCGCCGCCGCAACGAUGACAGAGACACAGGACGUAGACAUGACACUGUGGAGCGAGGCGGACUUUGAGGAGAAGUGUACGUACAUAGUGAAGGACCAACCCCUGGAACAAGCCUUUGAAAACCACAGGAGGACACGAGCCGAGAGAUCCCUACCCAGAAACCUGGCCUUAAAGCGCCGCCACAGCUCAACAGAGGUGCUCGGAGUGACCAGUAAAGAGCUGAUUCCCAAGGGGACCCGUUUUGGCCCCCUGGUGGGGGAAAGCUACACUGAUGAAACACUGCUGACGGGAGCCGACAGGAAGUACUUCUGGAGGGUGAGUGAGCGGCAUAUCUUCUCAAAGGGGCACUUACACCACAUCCUGGAUGGUUUGAAUGAGGAGCGGAGCAACUGGAUGCGCUACGUCAACCCGGCCUGCUCUGUGGAGGAGCAGAACCUGGUUGCGUGCCAGAGUGGUUUAAACAUCUACUUCUAUACCAUCAAACCACUUCAGCCGGGCCAGCAGCUACUGGUGUGGUACUGCCCUGAAUUUGCCCAGCGCUGUAACUACCCUCCCCUGGGGCAACUGGUUAUUGAUCACAUUGAGCAAAGUCAAGCACAGGAGAAAAAAACAGGCAAAAGAGGACACAGCGUUUCAGAAAUCCUCCGAGACGAGCCGUCCAGAUCCCUGACUACCUGCCCCAGACGUCUGGACAGUCCUUUGUCUCAGAGCAACCUCUCAGCAGUUUUUCCCCUGUGUCCUCGUGUUGUUUAUCCAAUCCAGACUAACUCAGAAUCCAUCCAUGGCCAAAGAUAUGCACCUCUACCGCCACUUCCAUCCCGCAGCCCUCCAGCUGCCAAAAGGCCAGCUCUAAGUCGCCCUGUCCCCUCCAUUUUGCACUUCAGCUUUCAGCACAGUCAAAGCCCUGUAACUGCCAAACCCUAUGAAGAGCCAUCUGUGCCAGAUCAAGUUCACUCUGCUCUGAGGCACGCGCCCUAUUACCUGCCUCACUAUCCACUUGGCCCUAACGGUGUUCUACCUCAUACAUACCCAUUCUGCAGCGAUCGUCUGAAACCUCACGCAACACUCUCAUCUCAUUUACUGCCUUUUGAUGGUUACGCACACCUUCUUCAUCCUUUGACCAACAGACACAAAGACUUGACGCUUGCACUAUCCAGUACCAAACAAGACCUCGUUCUGUCACCAACUGGUGACCACAAAGACAACAAGGACCUGACAUCAAACAGGACAAACUACCUCUCGAUCCCCUCCAAUUACCUCAGAGAUUUCAAACACUCUGCUUUAAGCAAAAUCCACUCAGACCUCACAAUACCCGCCACAUCCAGUGCCUCAUCUAUGGUCACUUUAGUCCGUGGAGUGCUUCCCUCUCUUGCACCUGGAGGAUGCUCACCACCAGUGGGCACAGCUGCCUCAGCAGACUGCCUCCCUUCUAAACCCACCUCUGCUUCUCAGGGCAACACUGAGGUAGCAGUAGACCUCAGGAAAACAAAAGGAGGAGGGCAGAUCAUUGGCUACAAGACCCUGUCUUACCCGCUCACCAGGCAGAAUGGAAAGAUCCGGUAUGAGUGCAAUGUUUGCAAAAAAGUCUUCGGGCAGCUAUCCAACCUCAAGGUGCACCUACGAGUUCACAGUGGGGAGCGACCCUUCAGGUGUCAGACCUGCAACAAGAACUUCACCCAGCUCGCCCAUCUGCAGAAACACUACCUGGUUCACACAGGAGAGAAACCACAUGAAUGCAAGGUGUGCCAUAAAAGAUUCAGCAGCACGAGCAACUUAAAGACCCAUCAGAGGCUACACUCUGGCGAGAGGCCUUACCAGUGCAAGCUCUGCCCGGCCCGCUUCACUCAAUUCGUCCACCUCAAGCUCCACAAACGUCUCCACACUGGUGAACGAGCUCACCGAUGCCCCCAGUGCCCCUGUGCCUAUUUCCACAGCUGCAGCCUCCAGGUGCACCUGCAAGGCUUCUGCCCCGUCUCUCCUUUGGCCUCCCGCACACACACACCCGAGGAGCUGCAUCGGGUUAACUCUGAGAUCCAGAGGUUUGACAUGAGUGAGGCAGCGGACCAACUUGAGGCCAUGGCGGCAGAGGCUGAGAUGGACAAUGGGAAUGUUACUGACCUAAUACAAAAGAUGGGGACUCACACAUCGGGCCACCAGAAUGACACCAGACUGGAAACUGAGCUGAGUUUGUGCAAAUCAGCAAAGGAGUUCUCUGGCAUUCAGAUACAUCAUGGCAGCCCAUUCCCUCUGCAUGCAACCAGCAUCAAGCUGGAGUCAGGCUGCAUAUCAGAGCCGUAAAACAGUCUUGCUAAUCCAGCCAUAUAAUCCUUACAGGUCAACUCAGCAGCUGUCUGUUACUGCCCUAUUUGAAGUAAAGCCUCAUCUCAGGCAUGAGUUGCCGAGCCUACAGAGAAUCUGCUGCUGCAGAAGAAUGAAAACGUAAUGGCCGUGCAACCACUGACUUGGUUGAUUUCAUGUCUACAUCUCCCUUAAUUUAUUCUGUUACUAUUCUGUUAUAAAAUUGUAUAAAAACACAUUUGUGAUAUUUUUACUGUUUGUUUGUUUUUUUUUAAUUUGUGUAUCUAGAGCAUCACGGAACAACUUAACAUGUGAACACACAUAAACAUAAACAACAUUUGUUUGAAUUUGUGGUUCCACUGUGUUUGUGUAUUUAUGGCAACCAAUUAAAGUGAUAUUUACUGGA